AUGCAACGACAAGCCCUUCUCGUUGCACUUUGGCUGACGCUGGCCGUAUGUCUUUGCCACGUUGGUGUGGCCCAACUCGACAACAAAGACAACAAAAACGCAACCAAUCCACGCGUCUCAGAAGAACGUAGUUCCCAGCAGCCUGACUCACCAUCACAAAGCAGCAAAUAUCAGAUACCUACACCGGCAGACAAGGCAAUGGGGACAAAUAACACAGAAAUAAAUACAAACCACGCAUCACCUCAACACUUCACGGCCGGCAACGAAAACAAUAUUUCAACAACGGAUAAAUACAGUAUGGCAACUAUGACGGUGAAGCCCAAUAGUACUGUGACUAUGACAGUGACGCCCAGUUUGACAGCAACGCCCGGUUUGACGGCAGCUAUGAAGGCAAUGCCCAACGUGACGGUGCCAGCAGGCAGUAUGAUGACUUUGACGAUAGCGCCUAGCUUGUCAGUGACGCCUACUUGUACUGUGACUAUGACUGUGACACCACUCUUGAAUGUGAAGCCCAGCGAUACGGCGACCAUAAUUGCAAUGCCAGACAGCACGGUGACUGUGACGGUGACACCAAGCAGUACGGCGACUGUGACAGUGACUUCCGCCCUGAUUGCGACACCCAGCAGUACGUUGACUAUGACGGUGACACCCAGCUUGACAGCGACGUCCAUCAGUAGGGUGACUAUGGCGGUGACGCCCAACAUGACGCUGCCCAACAUGACGCCGCCC